GUCACUAGACGCACAAAAGAAAUAACUUCUCUUGCUGAUUCUAGCAAACGAAGAUCUUCCAUGAGAAAGAAAUGCGCUAAAGAGAAGUCCGAAAUAACAUCCACCGUAGAAGAGUUAAAUUGCCUCUCAAGUCUGUGUGGUCUUCCUACGACAAGUGCGGAAGAAGUCAUGUCUGGAUAUUUUGUUUGGUCGUUUAACCAGUGUGACAUAGAUAGUACGACUUCACCUGAUAUACCUGUGCGUUUCAAGGCACAAAUUGUCGAUAAGUACAUGUUAGUUAAAAGAUUGGAAGAGGAAAAAGCACUUCUGAACAUGGAGAUGAAAAAUUAUAUGAUUUAUUAUUUGGAAAACGUUUUGCCUCUCCUUUGUGAAAGAAAAGAGAAGAUUAAAGAUAGGAUAGUAUUUACAAAUAAUGUUGAUGAAUCUGAUGACUAUUCUUUCCUUGAAACAGAGAGCUUUCUUCUAGAUGAAUAUAAACAUCGCUAUUGUGUGCGAAAAGACACAAUGAAGACUCUGCAUGGUCGUCUCGCCAUCACAAACUGCGGAAUUGCAUUUGCCAGAGUGCAGUUGAAAAAAGGUUUUCAAUACUUUCACGACUUAGAACAGUCCAUAGUCAACGUAUACGGUAGUGACAGUGAAUCAGACUGUAGCGAUGAAGAUGACGUUCGUGAAGAUGACGUUUAUGAAGAUGUUGAAGAAGAAGAUGCAUAUAAUUCGUAGUAUUUUGUUGCUGAAAGCUGUGCUAUCAUAUUUUUGUGUGCAAUUUUUAUAAAUAGAAAAUUAUUUGCAUGUUGCUCUUUUUGUAAAUAAAAUGUAUGCAAAUACACUUGCAAGUAUAUACAUCUAAGAAGAAA